GCUGCAAGGCUAUUCACUAAAAUACCAUCUCGAUAUCGAAGCUCACUCAAGUGAGAUAGCUCACUUCGAAAGCAAUCUCACUUCACCUCAGAUUGGUAUUCUGUAAACAUCUGCUACACACAUGCGAAGUGAAGUGAGUUUGCAAUGCGAACUCGAACGACUAGGGAUGUGUUCUCUAUGAUUAGAGAAAUCGGUAAAAUAGUUAAAUCCUUCUGUUUGAAAAAUACGUACACAUUUCUGAUAAAACCUACGAUUUAUUGUUUUGUUACUAAGAAAUGUACUCAUAAAACAAUAAAUUUCAUUUUUUAAUGUAUAAAAUACCGAAAUUACAUAUACGACGAUAGACCUUUGCCGCAAAACGGCUGCGAAUUAAAAAGUUAAAAGUUUGUUUACAAUCCAAGUGACAUUAGUGAUCGAAUUCAAAUUGUGAUUUGUUUACUCUAAGUUUUGAGUGAUUUUUGAGCAAUUUUUUGAGUAUAUAGUUUAUAAAAAAUGAACACCAGUGAAAGAGCAUCACAUCCUUCUCGGGCUCAAAUUGAGUCUCUUUUGGAGUACCUUCAGAGAAACCCAAGCCUUGCAAAGGGUUUCUCUAAAGUGCCUAGUGCAAGGAACGCAACCAGAAGAUCUUGGGAGGCACUGGCACUCCAACUUAACAGCCUGGGAGGAUGUGUGAAAACAUCAAAACAGUGGAUCAAGUAUUGGGCAGAUAAGAAGAGCGCUCUUCGUUAUCGUGCUAGAAAUAAGUGGUGGUGGGGCAGAGGUGGUGGAGCUAAAUGAGUUGAAAGAAAAAAUCUUAACUCUCAUGGGCGGAGAAAGCUUCGCUACUGGUGAUAGACAUUUACAAAUUAACCCAUUUGAAACAACUGCAAGCACAAGCCAAGCAGUGGAGCAAGCUCCUGGAGAUCAAAGCAUCUCAUUGUUGGGAUCCCAAUUGCUGGAAAUUGAUGCUCUGCCUCAAACAGAAGACCAUCACAUUUACAGAAGCACUCCGAGCACACUGUCAGAUUCAGCCAUUUCUACUAGGGUUGUUCAAGGCACUCUGCCUGUAACUCCUUCUGCACACCCCUGAAUGACAGAGAGAUUGAGAGAACAGCGGGUUGAGGUGGGCCGCCCCAAUUUGUUGCUGUUUGAAAGGAUUGUCAACCAUACGUACGAAAGGGAUACGGCUAGGACAGAGCGAUUUGGCAGUAGAAGAACAGCGGAUUAAGGUGGACCGCCGCAAUUCGUUGACAUUGCAGGCGAUCGGGGAUGGGUUAAAGCUACUGGCGGAAGCUUUGAAAAAAUAAUUAAUAGUAGUAGCUUUAUUGGAUCGUUUUUUGGAUCAUUGUUCUUUUUCAUAUACAUAAACAAUAUUGUUUUAAAU